UGAGGAGGGAAGUCAUGCAGUCGAUGGAGUUCAACCGUAGCAACCUGCUGCUGGCCUUGAGGGGCUACAGCUCGGCGGUGAGUCACAUGGAGCAGACGGUCCUCCUGCCCAGCCUCCUGCGAGACGUCCCAGGCGAGGAGGACCGCGAGGAGCCUUGCCGGGAUCUGUACGGCGACUACCUGAUGCUCAAGUCGGUGAGAAACGCGGUGGAGAGCGGCCUGGCGCACCUCGAGGACAAGAGUACGUCCAAGGUCCUGGCGAGCGUGGCGCAGCCGGAGCUGGAGCCCGAGAGCCUCCUCCGCUUCCACCUGAGCGGACUCUUCGCCGUCGUCAGCCAGCUCACGUGCAGGAGCCACAGGCUGACGCAGAAGUACCUGGACAUUGUCGGCAUCUCCAAUUAACAUGUGAAUCCAGACGUACCGAGGGUUGUGAACUUAUUGGUCUGGUCUGGCCUGGUUUUGUUGUUGUUGAUGGAAUAUUGAAGAAUGAACAUAUGUGAAUACACACACACACAACAACAGGAACAUGUUCUAUGAUUAUCAGAAAACUUCACAUUGGACUGGGUUGAUGCCAGCAAUCAAAUGCAACUUUUGACCAUUGACCACAGAGGGGAAAUGUUUGGGUUUAGUCAAUGACCCCGAAAUGUAAGGUAGAACUAAUGUGAACCCGAAGCACAGAAGUGCUCAUUCUGACCUGUUGGUGCUUACGUCGGUGAGGUCCACAAAAAGUCAAAUUUCCCCUUGUAUUGUUUUGAAUAUCAUUCUACUCCCAAUAGGUGUGGACUUCCAGGAAUUGUCUGGAUGA